CCGAGCUGUCCACUCAGUUGAGGCUGGACCACCGGACCGUGCGGAUCACAUGUGAUUAUGUUGGGCUGUCCUGUCCGUGCCAUGCAGUGCUAGUGCUGAGUGUAAAGUGACCUAUAAGUGAAUUAGCGUUCAGUGUGGGUGUUUGUGUGGGUGUUGCGAGUCACUUCGGGAAUGAAGCACUGUUAUUUGGAGAGCUGCAACUCCAAGGCGACAGAUGAAGUGUCACUAUUUCGGUUUCCCAAGGAUGAAGAGCAACUUAAUGUCUGGAAGCGUGUUUGCGGGAUCCCAACAAACUUUGUUCUGCCCAAGACCGCGCGGCUAUGCUCCGGACAUUUCACCAAAAAUGAAAUUAUUACCAUCGGUAUUCAACAGCAAAAACAGGUCAUUCGAGGGGCUGUUCCUAAAAUUUAUUCGAAAGAGGCUUUACGCGUGAUACCUCGCAUGCCACCGCCUCUGCAGCCGCUCAGACCUUCAACUGCAAGUAACAGAAGUCAGACGCCAAGUGUACAACAGUUUGCAGCGGUUGAGAAGGAAAGUUCUCGCCCUUUUGCACUUCUUGCAUUGUCCCGCCCUCUCCUCGCGGGCGUGCGUGGCUUAAGUCCUCCGCCGCUCCAGCCGUUUGUGACGCAGAGACCGGAAGGAAACGACGAAAAUGCUGACCCUGCCAACAAUGACCCUGCUGAGACCGAGACUACUGGAGAAUCUGAUCAACCUAAGCGGCCGGUCAAUUUUGAACGUCUCGGUCCACUCUCCAAAGAGAAGGUUAGUACGUUUUUUUAUUUUUAUGGUCCCACUCGUGUGCCUUGUGCCUUUAGUUUAAUCCCCUGUCAAAAAUAACCCGUUCAAAACCGCGCCU